UUCUGAAGUGUUGCUGACCGAUGCGGAGGGAGUCGUCAUUGAAUCGAGCGAGCGAAGCAAAACCAUCAAGGCAGCACCACCAAGGCAAGGAAGAGGAAAAACCGUAGCCAUCUUGUAAUACGUUUUCGUCGGCCUGGUUAGCACCGAUUUCGGAAGGUUUUCUUCGGUUUCGGUUCUUUUUCACUGCUCUCCCCUUUGUGUGAAAUCCGCGUGCGUGUGUGUGCGUGAGUAUCGCAACAAGAGCCAAUAGGGGAAGAAGAAGCCACAGCGCAAAGAAGAGCUGAAGCAGACGGACUUUUUCCUAUCGACGACGAACGAGUGUGAAAUAUAGAAGUAGCGAGCUAGCAGCUAGGCCGAGAGGAAUUCCAAAUUUGCUGCAGGAAGGCAGGAAUUUUCCGUCGGUUUUCAUCCGGAAAAACACUCCCACAUAGCGGAGGGUCAACUGCACACAGCAGUUCGCAGCAGUACAGAUGGCGUUAAAAAGAAUUAACAAGGAACUACAAGACCUGGGGAGGGAUCCACCAGCACAAUGCAGUGCAGGUCCAGUAGGAGAUGAUCUAUUUCACUGGCAGGCAACAAUUAUGGGACCGCCAGACAGCCCAUACCAAGGAGGUGUAUUCUUCUUAACCAUACAUUUUCCUACAGACUAUCCAUUCAAACCACCCAAAGUGGCUUUUACAACACGCAUAUAUCACCCUAACAUAAACAGUAAUGGUUCGAUUUGCCUCGACAUCUUACGAUCUCAAUGGUCACCUGCAUUAACUAUAUCGAAAGUGUUGUUAUCAAUUUGCUCUCUGCUAUGUGAUCCAAAUCCAGACGACCCCCUCGUACCAGAGAUCGCUAGAAUAUACAAAACCGAUCGAGAAAAAUACAAUGAACUGGCGCGGGAGUGGACAAGAAAGUAUGCUAUGUGAUGCGUUCCAGAAAAUAACCUAGAAAUCAACAAAAACAACCACAACCAGAGAACCAACAAUAACCACAACAAAAACAACAAAAAUCAACAACAGCAACCAAUUGUAUCUGAAUUGCUACUCGUACUACUUCUUCUACUGUUGCUCCAACCUACGCCACUCAUCACUCGUAGGAUGAUUUCUGAUGAUGAUGUCGAUAAUGCCGGAAAAGGAGGUGGCCACGGCGACGUUUUCGGUUGCAGCGACAGCAGCAGUGUGACUCCCCAACAACAGCAACAACAACGUUCUUCUACCAACAAAAGCAACACCUUGCGGCAGAGUUUUCGCCACCGAUUCCUUUUCUCCGUUCGUCGUCCUUGUCGUACUCGUCUUCGUCGUCGUGGUAAUGAAUGUCGUCAGCAGUGGCUAGCCCGUGGACGACCGCAAGACCGUAGAGAUGAGCUACAGCAAAUACAACAAAUUGCAAACAAUACGUUUAACAUUAUUUAUUAAUGCAUACCAACAGAAAACAGAAACAAAACCACAAUGUCUCAAGAUAAUCAGCUGGAUAUAACAGGAAGCUAGGCAAAAAAAUCAAGAUCAAGUUCAAGAACCCACUACUGCAGAAGGAAGCUGAAAAACAACAACACACGAGAACAGUAAAUAAAUCUAUUGAUUACUCUUAAACAAACAUUACCCUUGAACGGAGCAGAUCGUUGCGACGACGAUAGACGUGCGCGCGUUUUUGUUUUUUGGACAAUUCCUCUGAAAACAGUUUUUCUAACUAUGAGUUUUACACUAUUCGAAAGCAUAUUGCAAAUUGGCUGGACCGCGCCCUACACUUUUGUUUCCUUUCCUUCAUUUUGGUUUAGUGUUGUCCAUUUCGUUUUUAGUUAUUUACGAAAAAAAUAUGAAAUACUUAGUAAAAUUGAAUUGCUAUGCAUUAGUUUAUCAUUUUUUUUUACUUUCGAAACAAUUUGAAAGAAUCGAAAGACAGAGAAGUUCUAAGGACGUUUCUCAAGAAAAUCAUUAUUUUUUGGUUCGAAAAAAACUGUCGUUUCCUGUAUGUAUCGAUUAUACUUUUUUAUACAAACUAAUUGGUUGCAAGUCUUUUCUCUGUGAGCAGAAAAGUAAAUGAAAGAAUCAUGCUAAAUAAUCGGAGGAUCAUGAACUCUCUCAUGAUCAGCAAAUAAAAUCAGCAUAGUAAAUGAAACUGAAAUAUACCCAUAAUGGUGAAUAAUUUAUUAUUUUAUGUUUUGCUUAGAGAACUACGUGUCGUAACUUUAGAGGAACAGGAAAAUAAACUGAAAAUGAUGGAAAUGAAAAUUCUUUCGCAAGUGUUGAAUUUUGGACGGGGAGAUUGAGAUGCCGAAAUGAGCGGAGGAGAUUCGUGAGAAGAAAUAACUCAAAACAUACUGUAAGCACUGCAUAUUACACUAAAGUGGAAGCAAAUCGUUCAAAGAUUCGACGAAAUACAGAAAGAGCAGCAGGAUAAAAACAAAAAAAAAAACUUUAAUUAUUUUUAUUAGUCUUUUUAAUUAGAUUAAUUAUUAAUAUUACUGCUAUCCUAAUACUAAACAUAUAGAAACCAACACUGGAAGUAAUGCGAAGCAAAAGUAAAAGAAUGAUACAAACCCAUAUGUCCUGUGAGUGUGUUCGUA